GAGCAAGUGAUAGUAACGCAGGAAGGGACGAACAUGAAGGCGCGAACCUGCGCGACGCGUUCCAGUCACGUGUGUGUAGACGCGGUGGGAUGGAGCCUCGAGGAGGAGUGCUGCUUUUGGCCCUUCCGUGCAUGGGCCAAUUGAGGAGGGGGUUAUGGCACUCGAGCAGCAUCUCUACUGGCAUUCACCAUGGCACCCUCCCCCGAUAAUUUAUCUUCUCCUCAGGGUAGAGCAGAUCCCUCUCGUAUCGCUCCCUACCUCACCCAUGUCGUCAGUCACCAUGGUCAAUUGACUUUGAUCCCUCCUCAAAACGCAGGUCGCAUCCGAAAAUCCAAGAACAAACCGGUGAGAUCAGACAGGCGGCGGGAGAAUCCAGAACCUCGCUUCAAUAUUGCCGCACCGGCACCCUCUCGCAGAGCCCAUACGACGUCAGGUCGUUUGCAAAGACCUAUACAACAGUCGAGGCUGCCUAGAGAUGCAGACCCGGAUAUUCCAGACGAACCUCCUCCGUCAUUUGAGGAAGCUAUAUCCACUCCCCCGUAUACUCCGCCGCAGGUGAACGUUGCGUCGAGCACUGUUUCGAAUGCAGAGACACAAUCUCACGUACAUCAUACACCAACGUCAUCGGAUAGUCCCCGAUCAUCUUUUGAACAGCAGGAUUUAGACGACAGUGAACGAGCCAGUGCAUUGGCACAUGAACGCUCAGGCUCGAGGGGUGAGCCCUUGUCGAGUAUCGUAUCAACUCCUUCUUAUCCAGAACCGAUGAACGUCCCUGCAAUCUCGAGACGACACCAAGAUCUGCUGUCAAUAGCACCUGCUUCAUCCCUACCCGAUAUUCGACAAGCAUCGCAGGACUUCCUUAUACCGAAUGGACAUUCUUCGCAUAACCGCCGUCAGGCUUCUCCGUCCCCAACUUUACCUCCCCGCUCACCUCUAUCGCAGUCUGAUUCAAAUUCACGAUCUGCCUCAAACUCAAACUCUAGUUCGUCCAAUUCAGACAUUAACCAUGACUCUCGUUUCAGCAUGGAAUUUCUGGAACCAGAGAGUUCAUGGUCGGCAGAUCUGGCCGGUGGUUUGACCUUGACACAAAGGGUUGAGAGAGAGCGUGUGAGGAUACAAGCUGCGGAGUCGACGGCUGCUUUGGUACCUACGCCGCGAGCUCUGACUAGCCAGCUUCCGGAGGUUUCUUCCACUCCGAACUCGAACACAACACCGGAGAGUGCGCCAUGCACCGGUCGGACCACUCUGCAACCUUUGCGUCCUCUAUCCCCAAAGACUCAUGAUCCUCAUGAUCGGAAUACAACCCAAUCUCCGUCCUCGAGCGCGGCCGACGAUGACGACUCACCAGCAGAGUCCGAGUUGUGGGUCCCCAUUCCUAGUUCACCUCGUUCGCAUCAUCCGUUGAGACGACUUUUCUCACCUUCCAAAUACCACUUACCUUCAUCGGGUUCAGUGUCACCAGUGUCUUCAAGUCCGCAGACGAUGAGUCCUCAUACGAGCCCGUUUGCGAGUGCUCGGCCUUGGGAGGGAACGAAGCCGUGGGAGAGCACCAUGACACUUUCAUCGAGUGUUUCGGCGUCGCCGACAAAGAAGUCUGCGCUUUCUUUGGGCUUGGCGAUCAAACGAAAAGAGAGUGUGGUGUUUCAGAAGCUGUUCAAAUCAAAGGGCAGGGAAAGAGAGACGUCGCCUGCAUCGGAUAGUACAGGCACAGAGGAGGAUAUUGAUUCUUGGGAGGUUGUGGAGAAGGGGGCACUUCUAGAUGAAGGGCCUGUAAGCAACAGAACGGAAAAAGGGAAGGGAAAAGAAAGUCCCUCGCCUCCAUCGAGAUCUCCUCUACGACACUUGCACACCUCAGCACCGGCGUUCUUGAAUCGGCCAGUGAGACAUGCCACUUCGCCGCCGUCCUCGUCCUCCUCUCCAUCUUUCCCCAUCCUUCCAUUCAACACAUCUCGAGCAACGCUGACUCCGGAUUCCCCAAGCGGAUCAUCCGAACAAUCUGGACACAGCCAACCUGAGCCCGGUUCAAGUCAGAGUCAGAGUCAGAGUCCAGAGAAGAAAGCUAGGAGACCGCCUCCGCCGGUCCCUCCGAGACGACAUAAACCGUCUUUGGGUCAAUCUCCGAAUGUCGUGUGGAAGGCUUCACCAAACACUGCAGGAGCUAGUUCUCCUAUGGCCUCUCGUCGACCACCGCCUCCACCUCCACCUCCACCUCCACCAGCUGGUAGGCCCGAUUCACCGGUUUUACCAGCUGAGCGACCACCACCGCCAAUUCCUCCCCGACCAUCUAUGCCUCUUCGUUCUGUAGCCUCUUUGUCUUCGUGGAAUAUGCCGACACAUGUUGUGUCUUCCUCGCAGCAGCCAGCUCCGCCUAGAUCAUCAGAAAGAGCUGUACCUGCUGCACCUGUUGUGACCUCGGUCUCUGCUGCAUCAGCCGCUUCGGAUGCCCAGUUACCGUCUCAUGUCGCGUCUACGCCGGUCGUAGCACGGCAAGAAACCCAAUACCCUAUGGCUAUGUCCAGUUCCAGAAACCGGCCGACUAACCGACUUGCACCUAUUUCUGUCCCUCCAGCAUCAGUCUACGAAGACGAAUCUGAUAUCGUUCCCCCACGUCGAUUGAGUGUGGACUCUACUUCGUCGGAUUCAGAAACGCUAUCCUAUGGCUCUUUGACAUAUACCUCGAAUACCCCUAAUUAUUCUCCUGCUGUCCUACCCUCGCCGUUCUCGAAUCCUACUUUGAAUUCCUUUACGCCGCCUAGGACGCCUACGACCCCGACGAGACAUUAUCCUGGAAGGCCCUUGCCUCAACCUCCGCAGGAAUAUUCACCACUUCCACUUGGGAGGCCUCUGCAGAUGAUGACUUCUGUACCUAGCACGCCUCAGACACGUGGGACAGGUGUGCUCGGGGCGGAGCACGUCCAGGUCCAGGGUCAUGGUCAUGGUCAUGUCCAGAGGAUACCCUCGCCUUCACCGAGUACUUCCAGACGAGUAUCCCCGCCUGUUCCCAUGACUCGGGGGGUUGUUGGUGUUGUUCCGGAAUAUUCCCAAUAUACGGAUUUGGACUUGCUGGUGUCGAGGUUGGAGGAGGGGAAUAACAAUGAUGGUCGGAAUUACGAGGACCUUCUGCUUGUCUCCGAAAUCGUAGGACCUGCGCUGCCGUCCCCCAAUGUUGGCUCUGCUGCACCUAAGACUGAACCUGAGGGACCGCUAGUGGGGUCUAUCGAGGUUGCUCGUCGCCGGGUCACCAAGGACGGCCGUGUGAAGCUGAAGCUCGUCUUGCUCGGCGUGGCUGUGGAUAAAUGUGGGAUUUGUCUUUCGCAGUUCAAGGAGAAUGAAAUGGCGGGUUUGUUGCCUGGAUGUCAACAUGCAUUUCAUGAACGUUGUCUGAGACGCUGGUUGGCUCAGAAACGUGUUUGUCCUAUGUGUCGUUCACAGCUCUAGAGGGAUUUGAUUUUCGUAACGCGAACUUUCGUUCCAUGGGGUUUUGUUUUUUGGUUUUUUUUGCGCAUAUGUGUAUUGUAUUGGGUCAAUCCCACCCCCAUCCCCCACCCCCUUCACGUUGAUAUGAAUACCGCACUAUCUUGUAGCGUUACUUUUUGUUCUGUGUACUUUUUGUCUUGUAUGUAUUUCAUCUGUAGUCCUAUUGCUGUCUUUACGUGCUCUCGCUUGUUGAAUGUAUGCGAAUGAUUCUGCAUUACUUGAGAUUGUCUCUUGUCUUCAUCGGGUUUACUGGUCUAAUUCCACACCAAUAAACCUUCAAAUUCCAUCGUGCUCUGGAGUAGGAGAUACAUGUACAGCAUAUUUGUAAAUCUUCGUCAUCGUUUCUAUAUCGCUACGGGUGGAGAUAACAAACU